UUUGAAAGGACUACAGACUGUAUUAUGUGUAUGAUAGCUUGUGUUAGAGCAAGAGAAUAAUGUGGCGUUGGAACUAGCAUAGGAUCGCGAGACGUGAGAUAGUAAUUGAUAUGAGAGGUUGACUUGGCAUCGUCGAACUUGAAUCAAACAUUGCCCAUGUGAUUCUCUGAAUAACUCGGGUACCAUGCUCGUUCUAGAUGCGUCAACACGCUUUGAGAAAUUUGAACCCCAUGGAAGGCCAUCACCUUGUAGAUUGUCGGGCCUGCUCUGUUUAGCAGGCUUACUCAGCAGCUGGUGUAUAACUAGUUAUUCUUCCUCCUGCCGCUCAAUAGCUAGCUUCCUGAUCAUCAUCAAUACAGCAGCUUUUGGCCCCACAUAUUGUCUUGAUUUGUUUUCAAUCUUACAAGGGUACUGCCGCUCAAUGUUGACGAGGCCGCUACGCAACCUUGGCCAAGCAAAUGGCUGUGGUACUGUCAAAUCAGAGUACUCGUUACAACAUAUUACGGGAGCCCGGGGAGCUACCUGCGGAAUGCUGCAUUCAGGUCAAAGUCCAAAUGCACUAGAGCAAACGCUCCUUUACGUUGUAUCACAUCUACAUUCUCGUAGCCAGCUUGAAGCAGGAAAAGUCAACGAGGCAGUAAGAGAAUGAAGGCCCAAAAUAUAGUCUGCAGGUGGAUUUCCGUGUAACACACAGGCAUUAUAAGACUAUUAUUGGUGAGAACUAGCUUUCUCAGUGCUGGAAGCCUUGUGCUGUAUUUCCCUGGUACGCUAACAUCGAAGAUGGUGAAAUGAAGGAUACGGUGAGAGAAUAGCAAGAAAGACGGCCAUUGAAUAUGAGAAACAGCCUGUAGGCGCAUCCAGUGGCUUAGCACGGGAACUGAGUCGAUCCUGGUGAAGCUCCUUU